AUGUCUUCAGCUUACUUCCAAGUUGUGCGAGGUUGUGGCAGAAUCUGGACUCCUGCCGUCACCAGACUGACUGGGAAUAUCUGUAAUGUGAGGACUGCUUCCCAGGACUCGAGCUCAGAUACAUCGACGAAGCCAAAAACUCCUAAAUCACCACCUAAAGAACCCAAGAAAGAGGUGAAAAGAGAAUCAGCACCUGCGGCUGAGCCGGACAAGGGGACACCUACAGGGCUGGAGAAUCGUACUACACUUUCAAUCCCUUCAGUUUCUACGAUCUCGACCGUGAUAUGGAACCACAUCGAUUGCCUCAACCAGAUGCUUCCAAAAGGAGAUUAUAGAACUCUCCAAUUAUAA